UUAGAAGACACUUUUGACAAUUUACCUUUUAUCAUAUAUAUAUAAAUAGAAGUAGGUAAGCUGAAUUAGGAUCAGUGACUAAUACGAACAUGUUGGAUAAUGAUGUGUCGCAGCGUUUACCUGUCGAACUGAGAGGGGCCGGAGAGAUCACCUGUCUUUGAACCUCUGUCCAUGAUAAAGGUGUCAUUUAUUACAGGACAAAGACCAUAAAAACUACUUUGCAGUUGUCGCUGAUGCUUGAACUUUUUUCUAUUGUUCAUAAAGUGCAGGACCAUGGCUUUUCCUAAAGAAGCGAUAUGACAACAGCUGUUUAAAAUUCACACAACGCUGUGUCCGAAAUGGAUUUCCAGAAGCAGAGUAGUUUGUUAUUCUUUUGCUUUUUAUGGAACAUAAAUAUCGCUUCUGGAUUUCAUAUUUCUCCACAGACUAAUUUGAGGCAGGCAAAUCGCCGCCUAAUUUCACCCAGGUCUUCGCAACUAAGAAUAAUACCAAACCAGUCGUCUUCACGGAGGACAUAUGACAGUUCUAAGUCAGUUCUUCAGCCAUCUUCCAGACAAUGGAAUUCCCGGAAAACUCCUGUCACAGGACCAUCUGCGAACACAAGAGCACGAUACGGUAAGGCAUUACUGUCCAAAAUACUUCCAAUGAGAAGGGCGGUGCAAAAACCGGUGAUCAGAAGAAAAAUUGGAAAACUAGUUGACAGAAUUGACACUUCAAAAAAGACACAAGGUGUCAAAAGCACAGACCAAGGCAUAAAAAAGCCCCCAGUGAAGGACAGGGACUACACAUUUCAUGCCGUGUUUCUUGCAGACCUUUUCUGUCGACUUUGUGACAAUUUGCAGGGAGAGUGGCGAACUAACUGCAGGGAGCAAAGGUGUGCCCGUGCGGACAACAGCUGAUUUUUAAAAAAAAAUGAUAUAGGGCAACAACUAGAUAAGGUGUUACCUUCCAAGCAAACAGCCCCCUUUUGUUCUGGGGGGAAUGUCAGAGGGUCUACGUAAAAUGUAUCAAGCUAUGUUCCAGAGCUGUGGAAGGUCAUACAUACCAAAAGAAGUGAGUUACACUGCCUGUUUCUUUUUCACUCCAUUAUCAGAAUUCUGUCAGUCUUUUUGUUUGCAAAGUCAGCGAGAAAGCAAUUAAGUUAAUUGUCAUUUGUUCUGAAAGAAAGAUAAUGCCACUUUUUUGUAUAUAAUAAUUUUAAUUUAUGUUGUUAUUAUUUAUUAUAUUGUUGAUUAUGCCAGCUUAUGAAUAUAUAUUCUGUAAUACAUAUUUGAAUAAAUUAUAAUAUAUGG